AUGAGAAGAGGAAAGAUCCUGCAUGUUCUCUUCUUUUUGGCAUCAGCUGAUCUUCAAGCUCUGUGUCAGUUUAGUUUGUACGACACCGCGCAUCUGAAGACAAUGUGUUUUCUCUAAAGGUACCCCAGGAAAUAACAUUAUAGCCAAUACACUGUUUUUCUGAGGCUUUUGGCUUGACACCACUAUAAGUUUUGCUUUGGGACACUCAGCACAUAUGGGUUUCUGUUGGUGUAUCCGUUAAGCAUGAAGUGGAAUUUGCUCAAGAAGAAGCCUGCGGCCAUGGUGGGCCCCGAGCCCACGGGUGCCAGUGCCCUAACCAUGGCCCCUGCUGUUUCCACACCUGCAGACAACUCCACCGAGCAUCAGGGUCCAGUCAGCAAGAAUGACGUCUUUGGUGACAUCAAAAACAAGUUCCUCAAUGAGAUGGACAAACUUCCAUUGCCUCCCUGGGCCAUUAUCGCCAUCGCCAUUGUAGCCGUGAUCCUCAUUCUCACGUGCUGCUUCUGCAUCGUUAAAAAGACCUGCCUUAAGAGGAAAAAGGGCAAAAAGGGAAAGAAAGGCAAGGGAGAAAUGGGAAUGAAGAACAUGAAGGAAGGAGAGAAACAGGAAGAGGAUGAUGAUGAAGAAGAUAUAGACAUGGGAAUAACUGAAGAGAAAGAGGAGGAACCGAAAGAGAAGGAGAAACUCGGAAAACUGCAGUUCUCCCUUGACUACGACUUCUCUGACAACAAGCUGACAGUGGGCAUCCUGCAAGCUGCAGAUCUUCUCUCCAUGGACAGUGGUGGCACCUCAGACCCAUACGUCAAAGUUUUCAUUCUCCCAGACAAGAAGAAGAAGUUUGACACCAAGGUGCACAAGAAAACCCUCAACCCCGUCUUCAACGAGACUUUCAAUUUUAAGAUUCCAUUCACUGAAAUGGGAGGAAAGACUCUGGUCAUGUCUGUGUACGACUUCGACCGUUUCUCGAAGCAUGACGUGAUCGGUGAGGUGAAGAUUCCCAUGAACACCCUGGACCUGGCACAACCUAUCGAGCAAUGGAGAGACCUGGAUAGCGCAGAGAAAGAAGAGCAAGAAAAGCUUGGGGAUAUCUGCAUCUCUCUGCGCUAUGUGCCUACAGCUGGAAAACUCACCAUCUGUAUCCUCGAGGCUAAGAACCUGAAAAAGAUGGAUGUUGGAGGACUCUCAGAUCCCUACGUGAAGAUUCAUCUUCUGCAGAAUGGCAAGCGGCUGAAGAAGAAGAAGACGACUGUGAAGAAGAACACCCUGAACCCGUACUACAAUGAGUCUUUCAGCUUUGAGAUCCCACAGGACCAGAUGCAGAAAAUACAAGCUGUGAUCACGGUGCUGGACUACGAUAAGAUCGGCAAGAAUGACGCCAUCGGGAAGAUCUGGGUGGGCAGCAGAGCGCAGGGUACUGAGCUCCGGCACUGGUCCGACAUGCUGGCGAACCCACGCAGGCCCAUCGCUCAGUGGCAUCCACUCAAACCUGAGGAGGAGGUGGAUGCCACGUUAGCAGCCCUCACUGCCAAGAAGUAAUCCUGUGCUUCUUCCUCCCCUCCCUCUCACCUUUAACUCCCCCCUUCCUUCCCUUCUUUCACUUUUCAACAUGCACACUAUAGUCAUCUUACUCAAUCAGCACUGAAUUACAGCCAUGGGCCACAUGACUAGAGGUAUUAUCUACAGCUAAAAUGAGAUGUGCAGAGAGACUCUUUCCACAGAUGUUCCUGAAGACAGGCCAAGCUCAUAGGUUUGUAUAUCCUCCAGAAGAGAUGUAAGCUCACACUCACACCCAGAUAUCCAACAGCAUUCCAGUUUUCCAUCGGGGACCAGGGAUAGAAAGCACUGCCACUUCCACUGCCUAAUUUAACACAUUCCUUCUAGAUUCUCUGGUCAUCUAGAUCAAAUCAGUUCUGUUACUUUUGAUGAGUCUGAAAGGACAGUGAAGAAUUGGUAAUCAUUGUGAAUAAUAAAAAAAUAAAAUAAAAUGUGGGAACUGGAGAGAUAGUUGGACUCGAUGCUCCUGCCCAACCGGAAGGGAUCUUUCAGGUGUCGAUUACACUGCCUGCGAAACAACCUCUUCUUCCAUUCUUCGGUUCCAGCUCUCAGCUGGCUUCUUCCACUGCCCAACAUCCUAACAAACCCUGACAAAAAGGAGACAAGCCUUGAAACAUCAUGAAAUAAGCAAUUCUUAGCUGCCAGGAACGUCUUCCUGUUAGCAUGGGUGUAUUUGUUUCUUUGCGUUGAUUUCUUGUAGUAAAUGUAUUCUCCCUGAGCACUUUAAAUGAAGGCGUGUUUUUGUUUCAGUCAAUGCUUUGUACAUUUUUGAUGUUCUGAACCCUCUCAUUAAAGGAAUAGUUCAUCAAAAAAAGAAAAUUAAGUUAUCGUUUACUCACUUUUCUUUCUUACGCCAAUGGAACACUAAAGGAGAUGUUUCAAAGAAUGUCCACGCUGCUCUCUUCCAGACAGUUUAGGUGACUAAUGAUCCAGAGGCAGUGAAGCUUAAAAGAAUAUGAAUCAUUGUCUUAAAUUCCAAGUCUUCUGAUGAUCUGACAGACUGAAAUUUAGGUUAUUAUUCACAAAAUUUGACUAAAAUCUUUUUGUUUGACAGGCUUGGUCACCAUUGGCUUUCA